GACAGUUGUUUUCUGAAAAUUCAUCGUUAGGUGCAAAGUUAUUCUUCAACUUUACGUUGUUUGUUAACCGAGCAUUAUUAAAUAAUGUUCCGUAAUCAGUACGAUAGCGAUGUAACAGUAUGGAGUCCACAAGGACGUUUACAUCAAGUAGAAUAUGCAAUGGAGGCAGUGAAAUUGGGAUCAGCCACUGUUGGACUUAAGAAUAAAACACAUGCUGUCCUUAUUGCAUUGAAACGAGCUUCCUCUGAGCUUUCAGCACAUCAGAAGAAAAUCAUCCCGAUAGACAAACAUAUGGGUAUUUCUAUUUCAGGUUUAACUGCUGACGCCCGAAUGUUAAGUCGAUACAUGCGAACUGAAUGCUUAAAUUAUAAGUAUUCUCAUGAUGAUGUAUUACCAGUAAGUCGUUUAAUGAGUACACUAGGAAAUAAAUUGCAAACUUGUACUCAAAGAUAUGACAGACGACCAUACGGUGUGGGUCUACUUAUUGCUGGAUAUGAUGAUCAAGGACCUCAUAUUUACCAGACUUGUCCUUCGUCAAAUUACUUUGACUGUAAAGCAAUGGCCAUUGGAUCACGUUCUCAGAGUGCUCGAACAUAUUUAGAGAAACAUCUGAAUGAAUUUUUAUCAUCUGAUCUCGAUGAACUUGUAAAGCAUGGUCUUCGUGCUUUAAGAGAUACACUACCUAAUGAAGUUGAUUUAUCAGUUAAGAAUGUCUCUAUUGCAGUAGUAGGCAAAGGCACAGAUUUUACAGUAUUUGAUGAAGAUUCAACCUCUACUUAUCUGUCGCAAAUUGAAGAUGACAAACGUGGAAGGCCGGUUGAACCAGAUGCAGAUCAAGAUCCUAGACUUCCACAACCACCACCAGCUGAUGAAGGCCCACAAGACCCACAAGUCGGAGUUGCAAUGGAAACUGAUUAAAAUACUGUAAUAUAUUUUAUGUACAUGUAAGAAAAAACAUGCAUUUUGUUUAAAAUUUGUAUAUUUACUACUGUCACUUUCACAUUCAAUACAACAGGGAUUAUUACUACAUUAAAACA